AAAGAAAAGAAAAGCCGAAUGGAUGCAUGAAAGCCUGAAAAAUGGUAGCCUCUAAUCCCGAAAGGAAGAAGACCCAAGAAACAAGCUUUCACCUCUCAAAAUGGGCUCUCAAGCAAUGUCACCAUCCUUUUCCCUCUCCUCAUUAAGCUGCCAUUCAUAUCUUACUUCAUCUUCCUCUCGUUUUCUAUCUCUAAAACCUUCCUUACAGCCACUCAAGCAUCUCAAUUCUUUUAAUUACCACCCACACAUCCCUUCUCUCACCUCCGCCAAAUCCUUCAAAUCAAGGACCCGAGCUACCCUCGAUGAGAAAGAAAAGAACCCAUCACUUAUUCAAGAGCAGCAACCAAACCAAGAAGUGGAGAAGAGCGUUAAGGUUUUAAAAAACGCAGCGAAAACUAGGAAAGUACCAGCUGAGGAAGUGCUUUCAGCUUUUUCUGUUAUUGAAAAAGCUAAAAUUGAUCCGUCGGCAUUCCUUGAAACGCUUGGUGGAUUGGAUUCACCUGGUAGAACUUGGAUGCUUAUUUUUACUGCUGAGAAAAAAUUGAAAGGCGGCCGUUAUUUCCCUCUUACGGCGGUUCAGAGGUUCGAUGCUGCUGGAAGGAGGAUUGAGAAUGGUGUAUUUCUUGGACCAAUUGGUUUCUUAACCUUUGAAGGAAAAUUUUCAUGGAAGAACAGAAUAUUAUCCUUUAUUUUCGAACGAAUCCGGGUUAAAAUUGGACCUUUCAACCCUCUGGAGAUCGGUCUUGGCCAGAAAGAUGAUAGAGAACCAAACACCAAAGAUCCUUUCUUUAUCUGGUUUUACAUUGACGAGGAAAUCGCGGUUGCUCGAGGCGGAAGCGGGGGAACCGCGUUUUGGUGCCGGUGUACUCGUGUCACUACUUGAUUAAAUACAGUACAAAAUUGUAUUUCCUAUUAUGCAAAAUAUACAUUCAACUCUGUUCUUAAACUGUAAUAUACACAACAUACUGUCCCAACUCUUACAUGCAAGUAUUCCAUAUUCAAAAUA